GCUACACCUUCAUGCUCGCACUCGCCUCCAUCAUCUUGAACAAUGCUGUAGCCUUUCUACAUAAUCACAGCAUGCGACAUCUCGAAUCCGCUUACCUGUCGACCGAGUUUUGUGCAGCACGUUUGAUGUGGCCGCUUGGAUGACCUGAAUGUCACCUUGAGUUAUCGUUGAUCUGCGGAGGAUGCCCCGAGCGCCGAAAUAUCACACUCACCCAAAUCUUGUUUCUAAAGCCGAUCCUGAAUCACUACCACCACCGGCAUGUCUUCUCACGCCCUUCGUCGUGCGCAGACAGACAACCAGUUCGGAUUUCCUCUUCGCCAAACCUCAAACGCUUCAACGGUGUCUUCAGCAUAUUCUGCCGCAUCAAGUGCCUUCCAUCCUAGCCGAACGAGUACUGUCACCUCGACGAGUUCAAGCAUUUACUCCAGAGGGUCACCAGGACACAAGAAGGCUAUAUCUGACACCGGAGAGAUGACACCAACCAGAACAUAUGGUGGUCAAUCCAGUAUCGACAACAGUCCUGAUCACGUAUACCGAAACAUUCGCCAAUCACUGAGGCCUCUCCCUCAAGCACCAUCCUCCAAUUCCACUCCACAAGCCGCACGAUCUGGCUCGGUUUAUGCCAGGGCCCAAGCAAUAGACCCCUACCCUCAAUCUCACUCCGAAGAUCCUUUUGUUGAGAAACAUCUCCAUCAACACUACGCCGAGCCUAUUCCUUCACGGCCGCAUCUACAUCAUUCCAAUACCAGCCCACACGCCCACACAUUCAAAGCUCCCGAUCUACAAGACUUGCAAAAGUCAUCCACUGCCCAGCUGAGAGCAUUGUCAAGAUUUGCUGAGAAUGGAGAGGUGGAAGAGUAUGGCGUCAGCAGACCAAGUGCGUCUGUCGUUGGUAUGCAUAACCGGCGGCAACUGAAACGUGCUGAUUCCGUCGCCGGCCCAGAUCGGUCCCUAGCUAAGAGUUAUGGAUGGGGCGACCGUAACUGGAUGGACAAGCAGCGUCAGUUUCUCCAAGCCUACGAAUAUCUCUGUCACAUUGGAGAAGCCAAAGAAUGGAUCGAAGACAUCAUCAACAAACCUAUCCCAGCCAUUGUCGAACUUGAGGAGGCUCUGCGCAAUGGUGUUACCCUGGCCGAAAUUGUCCAAGCGUUCUACCCAGACCAGCCUCUCAAGAUCUGUCGACAACCAAAAUUGCAAUUCAAGCACUCUGACAACAUCGUCUUGUUCUUCCGCUUCUUGGAAGAUGUCGGCCUACCAGACUUAUUUCGAUUCGAACUGAUCGAUCUCUAUGAAAAGAAGAAUAUCCCAAAAGUUAUCUAUUGCAUUCACGCCCUGUCGUGGCUUCUCUAUCGCAAGGGCAUGGUCGACUUUCGCAUUGGAAAUCUUGUCGGCCAGCUCGAGUUUGAACAUCACGAGCUUGAGCAGACGCAGCGUGGACUCGACAAGGCAGGUGUCAGUAUGCCUAGCUUCACUGGCAUGGGUGCAAGCUUUGGCGCGGAACCAGAACCAGAGCCUGUCGAAACCGAGGAGGAAAGGAUCGAUCGAGAAUUGCAUGAGCAGGAAAUGGCAGUCCUCGACUUCCAAUCUCAGAUCCGAGGAGCCCUCACGAGACUACGCUUGGGCGAUACCAUGCAACAGCUGUGGGAUGCUGAAGAAAGCUUGAUCGACUUCCAAUCCCGAAUUAGAGGUGAUUGGGCAAGGCAAAUUGUCGGGUACAGAAUGGACAUGCAACGGUUUGCCACCAAUCUUCAGACGAUUUCCCGAGGUUAUCUUGCUCGAUGCCACCUGCAGAAGACACAAAACAUUUGGAAAUCUCGAGAAAAGGAUGUGCUAAAACUGCAGAGCCUGUUCCGUGCCAGCAAAGUGCGUGCAGAGAACAAGACACUUAAGACACAGUCUCGUAAACAAAUUGCGGGCAUUCGAGACUUCCAAGCUGCAAUUCGAGGAGCGCUUGCACGCCGAGAUGUGGAGGAUCAGUAUGAAGCAACGAGGACUGCGGAAAAUGAAAUCUACAACCUCCAAGCCGCUGCUCGGGGCAUGCUGGCCAGAAAGAGACUCAAUGAUGAACACGCCUAUCUUGAACGUCAAGCUCGCACCAUCACCCAUUUGCAAUCCAACAUCAGAGCACUGCUACUUCGAAACGACAAUAAACAGGUGCAAAGAAGACUCGAGGCCUCGACGCAGAGCUGGGCUACCUUGCAGGCCGUGAUACGAGCCAACAAAGUCAGGCGAGAUGUGUUGUCGCAGAAGAGAGCAUUGAAAUCUCAUGCUCCCAACAUAGCCUCUUUCCAGGCAAUCCUUCGAGCCGCAAAUGCCAGAGAAUCUUACAAUGCUCUUAGGCUCGCCCUUCUGAGACAAUCGACCGCAACUAUACCAAUCCAGGCAAAAUUCCGGGGCUUCCUCGUUCGUCAUCAAAUACAAAAACAACAAGCUAUGCUAGCACGUCAUGUUUCAAGGGUAGUUCAGCUGCAAUCGCUUUCAAGGGCAGCGAUGCUUCGUUCACGCACAGGAGACCUGCUUGCAAAGCUUGAUGAUCACGAAACCGAGAUUGUCCAGCUACAAUCGCUAACUCGUGCCAUGCUUCACAGAAGCCGUCUUGGAGACUUGUUGGCUUCUCUGGAUGACCAAGAGGACUCGAUAAUUUCUAUUCAAGCCAGCAUAAGAGCAGCUGCGGUGCGCUCUAAGUUUGCAGAGAAGCAAAAAUUCUUCAAGGAAAACAUGGAAAAGGUCGUCAAGAUUCAAAGUGUAGUCAGGGCGAAAAUUCAAGGCAAGGCAUACAAAAGUCUUACUACUGGCAAAAACCCUCCUGUUGGCACAUUGAAGGGUUUCGUGCAUCUCCUCAACGACAGUGACUUUGAUUUUGAGGAAGAAAUCGAGUUUGAGCGUCUUCGCAAGACAGUGGUUCAGCACGUCCGACAGAACGAGCUCGCCGAUCAAUAUGUGACACAACUCGACAUCAAGAUCGCUCUGUUGGUGAAGAACAAAAUCACACUUGAUGAAGUCGUCAAACAUCAACGACAUUUCGGUGGACAUGUUGGCACCCUACUUCCGAAUUCCGAUAUCUCGUCCAAAGAUCCCUUCGAUCUCAAGGCACUCAACAAAGCAUCGAGGCGGAAGUUGGAACACUAUCAGGAGCUUUUCUUUCUGCUGCAAACACAGCCGCAGUACCUGUCGAGGCUUUUCAAACGAAUCCGAGAACAAGCUACCCCGGAAAAGGAAUGUGAACGGAUCAAGCACCUCGUCAUGGGACUAUUCGGGUAUGCGCAAAAGCGCAGGGAAGAAUACUACCUGGUGAAGCUGAUUGCCAGAUCAAUCAAGGAAGAGGUGGACUCAGCCUUGUCUCUUCAGGAUUACUUGCGAACUCAUGCAUUCUCCAACAAGCUCUUUUCGGCUUACACCAAAUCGCCGCGAGACAGGAAGUUCUUGAGAGAUGUCUUGGGUCCUUUGGUGAAGGAGAAUAUCAUCGAUAAUCCCGAACUAGACCUUGAGAGCGAUCCGAUGCAGAUUUAUCUCUCUGCCAUUAAUGAUGAAGAGCUACGCACAGGGCAGCGAAGCCAUCGAGAUCCAAAUGUACCGAGAGAAGUCGCUAUUCGAGACCACGAAACCCGCGCAACAUUCAUCGCACAUAUGCAAGACUUGCGGGAUAUUGCCGACCAAUUCUUCCUUUGCUUGGAGGACUGCUUACACCGAAUGCCAUUCGGCGUACGAUUUGUCGUUCAACAGACAUAUGAACUGCUUUUGGAGCGUUUCCCUAAUGAGGACUCGGAGCACGUUGUCCAGCUUGUUGGACAAUGGCUGUGGCGAACAUAUCUUCAACCUGCCCUGCUUGAACCUGAGAAACAUGGAGUUGCUGAUCGAGCCAUGACUCAAGAGCAAAAACGCAAUCUGGGUGAAAUCGCCAAAGUCUUGAACCAAGCAGCCGCUGGGCGGGAAUUUGGAGGUGAUAAUGUCUACUUGCAACCGCUAAACAACUAUAUCAGGGAAUGCAUUGGCCGGUUUGCCAUUGUCUGGAGCCACAUCAUGGCUAUUCCGCCGGCGGAAGAGCAUUACGACAUUGACGAGUUCAAUGAUCUGUACGCAAAGACCAAACCGACUUUGUAUAUCAAAUUGUCCGACAUCUUCUCGGUUCACAAGUUACUCUCGCAAGAGGUGGGAAUGAUCUGCCCGAGCCAGGAUGAUGGUCUUCGAGACAUCCUCCGCGAAUUGGGUAGCGUCCAGAGCAAUGAAAGUGAACUUCGAGGAGUCAGUGUGGGUGAGAUUAGUCUGACACUGAGUCCCAAGUUGCUCAACUCUCAAGACCCCGAUGCCGAUGUCAAGGCUUUAUUUACCGAAACUAAGCGAUGCGUCCUCUACAUUAUUCGCAUCCAGUCUGGCGCCAGCCUGCUCGAGAUAUUGGUGAAGCCAGUCACCCACGAGGACGAAGAAAAAUGGGAGAAGCUUGUUGAAGAGGAGCUUGCAUCGGGUAGUCGCCGACAUGGAGCCUACGCCGAUGCAAGCACUCAUUUGGACAUCACAUCCCUGUCCUAUCAUGAUUUGAAGAGCAUUGCUUUGGAGAAUGUGCUUCAAUUAGAGUCAAUUGGGCGUCUAACCCGCAGCAACCAGUACCAAGAUCUCUUGAACAUCAUUGCGGUCGACAUUCGAACCAAGCACCGCCGGAGAUUGCAACGACAGCGGGAACUGGAAAACGUGCGGACCACACUGGCAAGGCUGAACGAGCAAGCAGUUUACCUGGAGCAGCAACUCAAAACAUACAACGACUACAUUGAGCAAGCUAUGGUGACACUGCAGAACAAAAAGGGCAAGAAAAAGUUUGUUAUGCCUUUCACCAAGCAGUGGGACCACGAACGAGAACUGCAACGGUCAGGACGAUCUUUCAAAUUCGGAUCCUACAAGUACUCGGCACGAACUCUUGCUGACAAGGGAGUCUUGGUGCACUGGCGGGGAUACAGUGAACGACAAUGGGAUCGAGUAGACCUCACGUUUUCAUCCAACGAAGUCGGGAUGUUUACAAUUGACGGAUCAUCUGGCAACAUGAUGAUCCCUGGAGCGAACGCACAGGUGCCGCUGGACGAUCUGCUGCAAGCCCAGUUUAAUAACACGCAGUUCUUGGAGUUCUUCGAGGGAGCGCUUCGGGUGAAUGUCAACCUUUUCCUUCACCUGAUUAUGAAGAAAUUUUAUAAUGAAUGAGACUAUGACUGCAGCGAUAUUCGCAUUGGUAUGGGGAUUGGCAUUGGAAGGUGGGA